AUGGCUGCUUCGUCGACAGACUCCGUUCUCGACAACACUGUCGAGUAUGAGCGAUACCUCGCACUCCACGCCGAAUUCCACGCUGAGAACGGCCACUCUCACCGGAAGCUGCUGCGCAAGCUGGACCUUCGACUUCUGCCCACGUUGAGCUUCCUCUACCUCAUGUGCAGCCUCGACAAGUCCAAUGCUGGCAACGCGAAACUCUUUGGCUUCCUCCAAGACGUUGGCAUGACAUCGACCCAGUUCAACCUCGCACUGAUGUACCUUUUCUUUACCUACGGUCUCUGCGAGCCCUUGUCGAACAUUGCGUUGCGUCGCCUAGGACCGAAGAUAUGGUUCCCUUUCAUCGUGACGUGCUGGGGUUUGAUCACGACGCUGACCUGUCUGGUCCACAACUACGGCAGCUAUGUUGCGAUCCGUCUCGUCCUGGGUAUGACUGAGGCUGGUCUCUAUCCUGGCAGUUACUUUAUUCUGUCCAUGUGGUAUACCCCGAAAGAGCUCGCAACGCGUAUGGCGAUCUUCUACGGCGCCAACACCGCUGCGGGAGCCUUUGGCGGUGUUAUCGCAUACGGCGUCGGCAACCUCGACGGUGCGAUGGGUUGGCGAGCGUGGAAGUGGCUAUUUCUGAUUGAAGGAGUAAUUACGAUCGUGGCUGGCCUCGCUUGUCUGUUCUUCCUUCCGCAAUUCCCACAUCAAUACACCGCCAAGCGGGGCAGCAAGUGGCUUAAUAGUGCUGAGCUUGAGUAUGCGCAGCUAAGGAUUAAGUACGCCUCUGGACCGGAUGCGCCGACGUACACUUUCCGCUGGAGCGACAUUAUCGCAGCGCUGAAAGACCGCAAGACCUACCUCAUGAUGAUGAUGUUCUGGUGGGGCGGCUCCGUGCCAACGUACUCGCUCAGCUACACCUUGCCGACGAUGGUGAAGAAUCUUGGCUACAGCGCUGUUCGUGCGCAGGCGCUAACCACGCCUCCGUACAUCUUCGCAACCAUUAUUUGCGUGCUGGUGGGCUGGUUGAGUGAUCGCUUCCAGCGGAGGUAUGCUGCCAUCAUGAGCGCGUAUACCCUGGGUCUAAUCGGCAUCAUAAUCCUGUGGGUGACUGUGCAUUACAAGCGUCUUGCCGGCGUCAGCUACUUUGCAAUCUUUCUGGCCGCAGCAGGCUACGCUGCACAAGCUCCAAUCGUCGGUGCUUGGACGUCGGUCAACGUACCGAAUCCAUCAAAACGAGCAGCCGCCAUUGGCUUUCUCAUGCUUGUGGGCUCAGUCGGAGGCGGCAGUAUCGGCAGCAAUAUCUACAUCGCAUCUGAAGCCCCAGUGUAUCCACUCGGUUUCGGCUUCAGCGUGGGGUGCACUGUGCUCGGAGCCAUGAUUCCAGCGACGCUGCAUUGGUGGUUGUUGCGCAGGACAAAUGCUCAGAGAGAUCGUACGGAUGCUGAGAGCGUCAAGGCUACGCAUACGCCGCAGGAAUUGAGCGAGCUGGGCGAGAACUCGCCUCUGUUUAGAUUCUCGCUCUAG